UUCCCCCACAUUCCUAUUCCUAUUACAAAUUCAGCCAAGAAAACUUCCCCAAAGUGAACACCUUCACACAAAACCAGUGCAAACAGUUUAUCAUACCCAAUUGCCAACAUUUCAGCUCACCAAAUCAAACUGAUUAUGCAAAACUAAGCACGCCAAGAAACACAAGCCAUGCAAUACACCACUUCAUAUAACACACAUGACCAACACCACCCUUCAAACAUAACUAAGACCAUGCAUUCCCACAUUCCCUAUCAUUCCAACACCAUGACCAAACCAAGAACCCUCAAUCUCAGCCUCUUCCUCCUCCAAGACAUCCAAAUUCUGGAGAUUCUCAUUGCACUUCUUGUCUUCAUACUCAUCCACUCCCUGAGGCAAAAGAAGCACCAUGGCCUAGUCACUUGGCCUGUCCUUGGAAUGCUUCCUUCUUUGGUCACAGGACUCAGAACCAACAUGUAUGAAUGGAUCACCGAAGUUCUCAUAAAACAAAACGGCACGUUCAGAUUCAAAGGGCCAUGGUUUAGCAACCUCAACUGCAUUGUCACCUCGGAUCCUCGCAACCUCGAGCACCUUCUCAAAACCAAGUUCCCUCUCUUCCCCAAGGGAGGUUACUUCAGGAACACAGUUAGGGACCUUCUAGGAGAUGGCAUAUUCAAUGCAGACGACGACACGUGGCAGAAGCAAAGAAAAACAGCAAGCAUCGAGUUUCAUUCAACCAGGUUCAGACAAUUAACAACAGAAUCAUUGUUCGAACUUGUCCACUAUAGGCUCUUGCCUGUGUUAGAGGCAUCGGUUAAAAAAUCUUUUGCCAUAGACCUACAAGACAUUCUCCUGAGGCUAACUUUUGAUAACGUUUGCAUGAUAGCCUUUGGUGUUGAUCCAGGUUGUUUGCGUUUGGAUUUGCCAGAGAUACCAUUUGCCAAAGCCUUUGAGGAUGCAACAGAAGCCACGGUGUUUCGGUUUGUUACCCCCACGUGUGUUUGGAAGGCCAUGAGGCUUCUCAACUUGGGGGUGGAAAGGAAGCUGAAGAAGUCCAUAAAAGGGGUUGAUGAGUUUGCUGAGAAUGUGAUUAGGACUAGGAAGAAGGAACUUUCCUUGGAAUGUGAGGGAACGAAGCAGAGGUCAGAUUUGUUAACCGUGUUUAUGAGGCUGCAGGAUGAGAAUGGAAGACCCUAUUCGGAUAAGUUUCUGAGGGAUAUAUGUGUGAACUUUAUAUUGGCAGGGAGGGACACUUCUUCUGUUGCUUUGAGUUGGUUCUUCUGGUUGCUUGAACAGAAUCCUGAAGUGGAGGAGAAUAUACUAUCAGAUAUAUGCAGGGUGGUGAGUCAGAGGAAGGACAUAAAGAGGGAAGAGUUUGAUAAUUCUUUGAGAUUUAGGCCUGAGGAGAUCAAAAAGAUGGAUUAUUUACAUGCUGCUUUAUCAGAAGCUCUAAGAUUAUACCCCUCUGUGCCUGUGGAUCACAAGGAGGUAGUUGAAGAUGAUACAUUCCCGGAUGGAACAGUGCUAAAGAAAGGGACUAAAGUGAUCUAUGCAAUCUAUGCAAUGGGAAGAAUGGAAGGCAUAUGGGGGAAGGACUGCAUGGAGUUCAGGCCAGAAAGAUGGUUAAGAGAUGGAAGGUUCAUGAGUGAGUCAGCAUACAAAUUCACUGCUUUCAAUGGUGGACCUCGUUUGUGCUUAGGCAAAGAUUUUGCAUACUAUCAAAUGAAAUAUGCUGCAGCCAGCAUCAUAUUCCGCUACCGUGUGAAGGUGGUGGAGAAUCACCCUGUGGUGCCUAAGCUUGCCUUAACUAUGUACAUGAAGCAUGGAUUGAAAGUUAACCUCUACCAUAGGGAUGCUACACAAAUUCAAAAACACUUGGAGGAUGGCUUGAAAUGAACAAAUAAUGAUAUGGUCACUAGUAGUAAUCUUUUAUUUAUUUUUUUUUGGUUUUGUUUUCUUAUAUGGGGCAUGAAAGUCAUUAUUUAAGAUGUUUGUAAGUACAAAAUGAUAAAGAAUCAAGGUUUGAUACAGUUAGUGCUCGGAAAAUACUAAAUAAUGGACGUUUAUGUUGAUUGGUUAUUCCGGA